AUGGACCCGAACGUCGCACUCUACCUCCAGAUCGCCGCGGUGGUCGUGAUGGCGGUCAUCAUCGUCGCCGUGGCCGUCAUGGCCUCCGGCGGAGCCUGCGACGACGCGGCCGGGGGCGCCGCGGUGCACGCCGCCGACGUCGAGAGCGCGCUCGGCGACGGCACGCUCAUGACGUACGAGCAAGCGGCCGCCAGGAAGAAGGGGAAGGGGCAGGAGAAGAAGGAAGAGGAAGAGGAGGAGCGAUGCGCCAUCUGCCUGUCGGAGUACGGCGAGGGCGAGGCCGGCGAGCUGGUGCGGGUGGUGCCGGCCUGCGGGCACUUCUACCACGCGAGCUGCGAAAUCGACCGGUGGCUCCGGAAGCGCCGGACGUGCCCGCUCUGCCGCGGAGGGCUCGGGCCGCCGCCGCCGCCGCUGCCGGGGUUGCCACGGCCGGAGUGCCCGCCGAUGCCGCCGCGGAUGCCGCCGUCCCAUUAGCUCAGCGUGCCUUCUUUUUCGAUGCGUGCUUGUUAGUCGUCAGGGUUUGAAUUCUUGCAGGAAAGCAGAGGAUGCGCGCUUGCAGCCCAAUUUGCAGGUGGAAAUGGCGAUUGCAAAUUCUUUAACUUUCCGUUUCUUCCAAGGAAAUGUUGCAUUGUCACGUCAGUUACGAAGAAAAUUCUGUCACGAUGCGU